AUUCUUAGACAAUGUUCUGUGGUGUCUUUGGUUGUUUGUUAGUAUGUAAUCUGUUAUCAGAUAAAUUAUCACAAACAUAAUCGGCAAUUAGUGUCGUUGCAAAUUAUCUAGGCUGUAAAAUCGUGAUAUUAAGUAAUAUUUGAAUACUGUUCGUUUUCAACGGGUCCAACUCGCAAAUAUGGCUUUGUCAAAACCCAUAAUGAAUUUAGUGGCAUCUUAUUUGCAGAAUUUAUAUUUACAUCCAAUCAAAACAAAAGCAAUAACGAGUUGUGUAGUAGGCACAGCAGGGAGUGUGGCAUCACAAUUAGUUGCUGGUGAGAAAUUAAGACUCGAUCCUGUACUUGCAUUUGGUCUAUAUGGAUUAGCAUUUGGAGGCACCAUACCUCAUUACUUCUAUGAGUUGGUUGAACGCCUAUUCCCUGAGGAUUUGGUGGCAUUUUCCUUAGCAAAGAAGUUAUUGUUUGAGAGAUUAGUGUUUGCCCCAUUCAUGCAAGCUUUUUCCUUGUACACUCUAGCGAGAUUUGAAGGAAAGAAUCACAAAGCUGCUGUGAAACAAUUAUAUGCUUUAUAUCUUCCAAUUCUAGAAGCUAAUUGGAAAUGGUUGACAUUAUUCCAAGUUAUCAAUUUGGCAUUUAUUCCACCAAUGCUGCGAGUACUCUUUAUGAACCUUGUCGGUUUUGGUUGGGCGAUGUUCCUCGCGACCAAGAGACGUCAACAAAGUCAAAGGAAAUCAGAAUAAAUGUUUAUCACUAUAUCUUGGGUGGUGGAUGACUGAACUACAUUUUCUGUGAUAGGCGAUUUCUUGAUAUUUUAUUUGGCCUAUUGGUAUGAGGUUACUGUAUAAAUGUAUAUAAUAUUUAUUUAUCGGAAACACAUGGUGCGUCGGUCGGAGACAAAAUAUUAUAAUGUGGAUACAGUGUCAUUGAAAUUACUUUGGUGUCAGCGGGUAGAGCAAUACUCUUUUUUUAUGGAUGGUUGUCUGUCUGACGUCAGCGCCAUUUGGAUGGACGUUUUACGUUUAAUAAAAACGCAAAAAAUGUUGGCGAUCUAUAUAGGUGCAUUUGCCAGAUAUAUCCACCAUGAGCAAGAAAAUAAAAAUCUUUGGAGGCACCACUUUUAUAUUUUCGUGCCAACGUUGCCAGUACAAGAAAUUAGUUACAUAUUUCACCACAAUAUGGCGAGAUUUUUAUUCUUCCUGAUCAGGCUACAAAAGUACCUAUUGGAAAUUAUUUAAUAAUACAAAAACCUGCCCGUAAUAAGUCCAGCAAAAGAAUAUGUUAUGUAUUAUUUUUAUUUUCGAACACAAGAGUAUUUUAUAGAGUAACAUUCCGUCAAUUGGCAUAAUUUGUAUGCAAGUACAAAAUUUUUAUACUUUUAUACGAAAAAAUGUAACCGUUAUUCAAACGAAAUUAAUUUAUAUAGGCACCUACAGUUAAAGUGUUAAAAAUGGUGAAAUAAAAUUAAGAAUACUAUGAUAUUAUUUACUUUAUUUUCACAACAGCAAUUGUUAGAUUUAAUGCCGAAAACGUACGUUGUUCAAGAUCUAAAUGUACACAUCAAAUCGGCAUAGUCAAUUCUUCGUACGCAGUGCAUUUAUACAAGUCUCGAUUUUACAUGUAAUAUUGUUAUGUUUACAAUAAACAUUUUCUACCGUU